UUGCAAGGAACAGAACCAGGGAAAUUCAAACUAGAUUUCACAAUAUUUUUGAAUGCAAAUAACUGACUAGUGAUGCUAUCAACUGAUGCCAAAUUCUACAUACAUUAAGAAAACCACUACUAUAUAUUUAUUGCGGUUAAGACGUGUAGCACCAAGUUUAAUAAUGGAUUCUAGAAAUGAUUUAAAUGAACAAGUACAAGAGGGAAUGCUUCCCAUACUUCCCAAUGGCAAAAACUGGCACGUUUUCUUAGUCAGUGCUUCAAAGGAUCGAACAUUCGCAAGGAAUUUCAGUGCCCAGAUGGAGGCAUUUUCCUUUCGAACUAUGUUACACGAAAGAGACUAUAUACCCGGGGUAACCGUGAUUAGUAAUAUCCAAAUGGCAAUAAGGAAAUCAAAGGGAAUGAUACUGAUUCUAACUGAAAAUUUUGAAGUUAGUAAUUGGUGCAAAUAUGAGGCGCAGCAAGGAGUCCAAGAAAUGAUCAACUCCAAUGGUGAAUUCAAAGUAAUAGCGGUCCGUAGUGGAAUAAGAGAAGUGCCUAGCUAUUUGAAAUGGCUUCCAACAUUCGAGUCUAACAACCCCCACCUCGUGGAUUUAAUAGUCGCAUAUAUGAAUGGUGAUGAAAAUAUACUUGAGCGACAGACCAACCCCGAUGAAGAAACACACCGUGGAGUUGUAGUCACCCACCAGCAUAUACAUAACACGUACAAUUUCAAUAAUGUAGAUGGCAUGGUGCAUAUAGGUGACAAUAGCAUUCAAAACGUUUCAGCUCGGGAACUUGCCUUAUAUCUGCAGGGUGCAACUAUUCAGAAGGAUUUGACACGUGCCAUCGAAAUGACAGAUAAAACGAUCAAUAGAAGCUUGGUGGUCACUCAGGAUACACAAGAUGGUGAAUCAUCACGUUUAGCUAUAGGUUGUGAAGCAAAUGAUGCGUCUUAUAUUUUGUCCAAUGAUGUGCAGGAGCCAUGGUACUCUUGGUUCAUCUACUGGUUCAAUGAAUAACUUCAUUCAACAUUUCAACACCAAAGAAAAAAAUUAGAAAAGAAUAAUAAAAGAUGAACACCCAUACAUGAUUAGGCCUAUGUAGUUGUGGUGAAAUCUUAGCACUUGAGCUUUUUCUCAUCAUCUGCAAUUCCAUAUAUAAGGAAAGAGUUUUAUUUUGAAUCUGUUUAGAACUGGUGAUGAUGCUAUAUCACAUAUAUGUAUCACGGAUUUUUAAAUCCGAUAAUGGCGACACCAUGGUUUUCAAAGCCGAAUUUCACACUUACCAUGAACUUAAAAUGAACGAAGAGGCCUCUUGCAAAAUUAAAAAAAAAAUUACCAUCCAAUAGUAUACAUCUUGACUUGAUUGGUUUCAAUAAAAAGAACUUAGUUUUAAAAUGUAAUUUUCUGCAAGUUGAUUCCUCUUUUAUUUUUCAGCCAUUUUCAACACAAUAUAU